GCUGUUAAAUAUUUCUCUGACAUUUGCUUGACUCUCUUUUAUCAAGAUGGAGCUGUACAUAACCAUACUCACCCUUGCUGUUGUUCUUCCAACCGAUGCUGAAUUAUUACAUGAAUAUUUUGGAAUUCAUGGAUGCUCUGAGACAGAUGGAGAGGAUAUGCAUGGAAUUGAUGGAGAGGAAAUGUGGCAUGCCGACUAUAAUCAGAAGAGAGGAGUAGUAACAAUACCUGAUUUUGGAAAUCCUCUUGUAUUUCCUGAUUUUUAUGAAACAAGUGUUGUUGAAAUGAAAGGGUGCAAAACUGAAGUAGCCUUUUUGACUAACAUUUUCGAGAGCCCACCACCAGAAAUGGAUGCACCACAAACAUCCAUCUAUCCAAGGGAUGAUGUACAACUAGGUGUUCAGAACACCCUCAUCUGUCAUGUGACCGACUUCUAUCCUCCAUCUAUCAGCAUCUCAUGGACUAAGAAUAAUGUUAAUGUGACAGAGGGCAUGAGUUUAAGUCAGUACCGUCCAAGGGCAGAUGGUACCUUCAGCGUCUUCUCUACUUUUAGGAUUACACCUAUUGAAGGAGACAUUUACACCUGCACUGUGAACCACAUAGCCCUUCAGGGUCAACCUCAGAUCAAAACAUGGGAUGUUGAUGUUGCCCUCCCAAGUGUUGGUCCAGCUGUGUUCUGUGGAGUGGGUCUGACUCUUGGACUAUUGGGAGUCGCUACUGGAACUUUCUUCCUCAUUAAAGGGAACAACUGCACCUGACUUGGAAGCAAAGACAACAUCUCUUAUUGGAACUGGCCAAUUAGACAACUAUGCUAUUGAAAUGGUGGAUUACAGAAUCAUUUCAAUAUAUAUCCUUUGAGUGGUUGUUAAUUAAUUUAUUAAUCAAUAAUUAUCCUUUUAAAUAUAAAUUAUUUGAAUGACUUCUUCAGGCUUAUGAUAUUUAUAUAAUCACUGGAACAUGUUCUCUUUGUUUUUGAGAGAAGCACCCAACACAUGUUAAAUCAUAUAUUUACUCUUCUAGCUGACAUGGGUAUCAUGGGUAGCCUAGGUCACUGGCGUAACUCAGGUCUGUCUCCUAUGUGACCAAUUCAUAUUCAAAGCAUUUACUUUACUUUUCAUCUUCAAUCACUAGAGAAUAAUGACAAUGUCUGAACCCCUUACUGAGAGAAGUAUACAGCAUAUUUUGGUAAAGUUUCCUGAUCAGAGCUAGAGCUCGACCAACUCCAACCUUGAAGAAGCUGUAUCUGUGUAUGUGUUUUAGUACCCUUUGUUACAGGACCUGAUGUUUGUGAGGUGAUCAAUUGGCACCCAGGAUGGCUAAAACUGGACACUAGACACUUACAGAGAUGUGUAAGUGAUCAGAGAUCCUGGAUGUCAUCAAGAUAAUCAAUGGAGAUAUGCUUCUGACUAACAGCCCAUAUGUAGAAUUUUUCUAAGUUGAUCAAUGCCUUAACCAAUCAGAAUCAUUCAACCUGAAAUAAUGGUGUAUAUAGUGACCUGUGUUCGAGUAUAAUUGCUGCUGUAUUAAAUGUGUACGCAGAGCACUUCUUACUGACUUCUGCUGAUGAAACGGCAAAAUAUUCUUCAGUAAAAAUCUCCAACAAUUAAUUGCA